AUGGCACCCACUGACCACCGUCAAUCCGUCCUCAUCACCGGCUGCAGUCCCGGAGGCAUCGGCCACGCCCUUGCUCUGGCCUUCCACGCUCGAGGACUCCGCGUCUUCGCCACCGCUCGAACCACGGGCCAGAUCGUCGACUUGUCGGACAAGGGCAUUGAGACGAUUCCUUUGGUGGUCGACGACGACUCCUCGAUCCUCUCCUGUCUCAAAACCGUCGAGCAAUUGACCGAUGGUCGUGGGCUGGACUAUCUGGUCAACAAUGCGGGCGUCUCGUACGUGAUGCCGGCGCUGGACAUCAAGAUCGACGACGCCAAAAAGAUCUUCGACGUCAACCUGUUCGCCGUCAUGCGCCUGUGCCAGGUCUACUCGCCGCUUCUCAUCAAGGCCCACGGCACCAUCGUCAUGGUCGGGAGCUUGGCCGGAGUCAUCCCCUACGUCUUCGGCGGCGUGUACAACGCCUCGAAAGCCGCGCUGCAUGCCUACGCCAACACGCUGCGCGUCGAGCUGGCCCCGUUCGGCGUCAAGGUCAUCACCGUCGUCACGGGGGGCGUCAAGUCGCGCAUCUCCUCGCACGUCACGCGCGUCCUGCCCGAAGACAGCCUCUACGCCCCGCUCGAGGAGAACUACCUGCGACGCCAGGGCCAUUCCCAGGAGGGAGCCAUGCCCACGGCGGCGUAUGCCGAGAGUGUCGUCAAACAGGUUCUUCCGGGCGCCGGCCCGUGGCCGUGGAGGUGGCUGUUGCGGGAUGCCCGCCGCAACUGGAUCUGGGAAGGCAACAAAAGCUGGGUCGUGUACUUCCUCUCGGGGGGCUACACCUGGACCUCCUUCUUCGACCGCUACAUGACUUGGCUGUUCCAACUCCGGAGGCUGAAGCGGAAGGACCUCUAA